UCCGUAGGAAAGACAUUCCCCAACCCAAUCUGAUUAUCUCAGCCCCUUUCUUGCUGAUGUAACUUCUGGCUUGCGUCCUUAGCACGUUUCCCUUCACUGUCUGCCAGGGAAGAAUGAGGGAGAGAAAAAGGGAAAUACUCUGAGAAGCUGCAAUUUCCUGGAUCCUCCUCCCAGCCCCUCCUGACUCUUUCCUCUUUAGAAAGCCAAGUAAAGAACAGAGAACCGGAGUGGCGGCCAGGGCAGCGGAGAAGCUGACAGCCUGCAGGUCCCUUCGGCGAGAGAAGAUCUCACAGAACAGAUGCCACAGCAUGUGCCUUUCAUGAAUUCCAAUAAGAAAGUGGAUUUAAAAAUUAUCAUCAUUGGAGCACUGGGCGUGGGAAAGACCUCGCUCCUGCAUCAGUAUGUGCACAAGACUUUUUAUGAAGAUUACAGGACCACGCUGGGAGCCAGCAUCCUCACCAAGGUCAUCAUGGUGGACAACACCCCACUCAAGCUGCAGAUCUGGGACACGGGGGGCCAGGAGCGGUUCCGGUCCAUGGUGUCAACAUUUUACAAGGGCUCAGAUGGCUGCAUGCUGGCCUUCGAUGUCACAGACAUGGAGUCUUUCGAGUCCAUGGAUGACUGGAGAAAGGACUUCCUGGACAAGGUUCUCUCCCAGGAGAAGGACUUCCCCAUGGUGGUGCUGGGAAAUAAAAUUGAUAUAAGCGACCGACAGGUGCCCCAGGAGGCUGCUUCAGCCUGGUGCAAAGAAAAGGACAUCUCAUAUUUUGAAGUCAGCGCCAAGAAUGACAUUAACGUGGCACAGGCUUUUGAGACCCUCGCAAGACAAGCCCUGGCAAGGCACCAGGGGAUUCUGGAGAACUACUUAACAGAGUCCAUCAAGCUCACUCCCGACAACCAGCCCAGGACAAAAUGCUGCUGACCACGUCUUACGGACAGACCUGACACACAACCAAGAAGCCGACGGAGCAGUGAGUAGGCCUGGCAGCUCCAGCUUCGUGUUCAGCCAAAGAAGAAGACUGCAGUGUUUAGGUGCCACAUCUCACAGCUGAUCCAGCAGAUCUCCAGACACUCGAAGGCACUGGCCUUUCCCUAAAGUGCCUCCAACAGACUAAUCACACAAACCAUACCUGGUUGCUGCUACAGCCUUUCUGCUUCAUUAACUUUCUAAACCACCCUUUCAGCGCCCGGCACUGUCCUCCUCAAGUUGCUGCACUGCCACACCAAGACAAGGGGGCCCCAUUCCCAACCCUAGCCCUCUCUGCUCUCAUUUUACCAGCUGGCACUCUGGCAGGUCAGCAAAUUCCCAGCGGAGCCCUGCUGCUCACCGGCUGGCCCUGGAGCAGACUUUCCCCACAUGUGCCUGAGUGAUGGUGCUCGCAAAGCAGGGCUGUGGUCUUGGCACCAGGUGGGGUAGGCCUGGCUAAUCUCAGUCCUUGCUGUGUGAACACAGAUACCCGGUGCUUAAACUAAUGGCCCUGCCUCUGAUAUUCAGCAGGCACGUGCUGUUUGUUGAACAAGGAGGGUGCCCAGGCUCUCCUAGCUCUGAACCCAGCUGAUCUUUCUAUGCCUCAGCUUCUCCUGCUGUGUGAAAUGAGGGUGAUAACACCCUCCUGGCACCCAGGUAAGGAAGUGUCAUCAUGAGGGACUUCCUAAAGGCACCGUUUAAAAAAGGCAGGCAGGAUGGUGCACAAAGCUGGGAUCUAAGAGACUCAGAAUCAGACUCUACCUGUGCUAGUGACCAGCUGAAUGAUCCUGGGCAAGUCACUUAGUCUCUCUCUGGGCCUUUGCUGCCUGCCGGGAACCACUGAUACGGACCACAUUUGUACAGUGCACAGACUUCUGCUGAACAGUGCGACAAAUCCCAUAAGAGCGGGGAACUCUCAUCUUAAUAAUCAGAGGGAACAGCCUGGAUCAGAUUUUGGGGCAGGUGCAUUCAGGGGGGAGGGGAUCAAUAUGUGGAAAGGGAAGAUGGGGAAAAGGGAUUUGUGCACCUGUGACCCUCCUGAGACAUCUCUGCUUCUGGGUCUGUUCUGCCUGCCCCUGGGAAUGAUGCCCAAUGAGUGGCUUUAUUGCCCAUUGGGGAGGGGAUGGUGAGUUGCGGCUACAGCCCCCUUUUGUCCUUUUGGUCAUGAAGCUCUGCAGAAACCAUCCCAAAGGCCCAUGCAGGGCCAGAGAAAAUCAGAUCCUG